AUCCAGUUCAGUUCCGGAAGUCUGUCAGUUUGUUGUUUUCUUUCUCGACGCUAGUUAGCUUCAGCAACACAACAACUUCUCCAUUGGACUUCCAAAAUGGGAUGUGAUGGUGGAACGAUCCCCAAAAGACACGAAUUAGUGAAGGGUCCCAAGAAAGUCGAGAAGGUUGACAAAAAUGCUGAAUUGGCCGCCAAAUGGAAGUACUGUGCCCUAAGCCAGGAGAAACUCAAGCGUCCAAUCGUCUCCUGUGAAUUGGGAAAGCUAUAUAACAAAGAUGCCAUCAUUGAAUACCUUCUGGAUAAGUCUGCUGAAAGACCCAACACCGAUGCUGUCACACAUAUCCGAGGAACCAAGGAUAUAAAAGAGCUGAACUUGACAGAUAAUCCUGAGUGGGAGGGCGAGAGAAGGAACACUAAAGGAGACCGAUACGAGGACAUCUAUUGCGGGAUGUUUAUUUGCCCAGUUGUUGGGCUGGAGAUGAACGGCAAGCACAGGUUCUGUUACCUAAAGACGUGUGGUUGCGUUUUCUCGGACCGUGCCCUGAAGGAGGUUAAGACAGAAAUUUGCCACAAGUGCGGCGACCCCUUUCAGAAAACUGACAUCGUCGUGUUGAACGGAACCAAGGAGGAGGUCGACAAGCUGAAGGAGAAUAUGGAGGAGAGGCGAGCCAAAGCCAAAACUAAGAAAUCAAAGAAGAGUAAAGCUGCUGAAAGUCUGUCGGCGCCAUCAGAUGCAAAAGAUGCCGCUGAAGUGACCCAAGUGCAAAACGGCUCACUUGAGAAUGGCGGGGAAAGCAGCCAAUCAGAUCAAGCCGGAAGCUCAGGAAGCUCCAUCAACGGCGACAGACAUUUGACGGCCGCGUCCAAGCGAUCCAUCCAAGAAAUGGAGGAGAAAUCGGAGGCCUUUAAGUCCAUCUUCACCACCCACAGCUCGGCCAAGCGCACCAAAGAUCAGACCUCUAACUGGGUCACCCACACGCCGUACCACUUUUAGUGUAACUUUCCCUAGCACCAUGAGUGAACUCAUUUUUCCUUGUUUCUUUGAUACUGUAAUUUGCGUUCUUCCACCCAAUGAUAUUUUAAAUGCUUCACGCUUUUUUUUUUGGUGUUAUUUCCUACUCUUUGCUUGAUUGCCAAAAGUAUUAAAUCUCUAUAUACAAUUAAAGGCAGGUGAUUGAAUACUUUUGGCAAUGUGAGCCGUCAGAUUUUAGCAUUUAAAGUGAUGUUUAUGAUUUGAGAGAUUCCAUAUGUAAGUGAGUUAUGUGUGAAAAUAAACCUUCAUACAGUUAUUUUCUUAUAUUUCAAAAUUAAUAUUGCAGUUUGACCAUAUUCAUUUUAAAAUGGGGGGGGGGGGGUCUA